AGGUCAUAGGUUUCGGGGAUGAGGCAGCAGUGAGGACAUCACGAGGACCACACUACUUCUCAGCACUGGGUGGAUGGUGCUGGACAGUAAAGAACUCAGCGCCACCUAGUGUCCUCAUCUUGCAAGUGUACACUAAUAAUAUAGGAUAGCAAACAGCGCCAUCUAGAGUCCCAACGCUUCUUCAUCGACUGUAUCUGUUCUCCCCAGUCCGAAAGCAGAUCGCCGAAUCAUCGAUGGGUGUCAUGUCUGCACCCUAGUUCGCACGUUGAGCGGUCAGGCGGAGUCUACGUGUGUGUGUUAUCUAAGCUGCCAGUAUGUCUGAGGUUGAAGUUGUGGCGGACAUCUUGACAGAGGUGAUGCUGGAUGACCCUACUCCCAGCAAUGCAGCAUCCCUCGAAAGUUCCCUUGUGACUAUUGGAGCCACUGUACCUACAGGGUUUGAAUUCACAGCGGCUGCGGAAGUAGAAGAGAAGCUUGGAUGUCCCUGCAAGAUCAGCAAAGACCGUGGAAAAAUCUACUUUGAAAUCAGUGUGGACAUAUUGGCUCAGGUUCAUCAACUUAGGUCGGUUGACAAUCUCUUCGUUGUCGUACAAGAAUUCACAGAUUUCCCUUUCAAGGACGUAAAGGAAGCUGCACUUCAGGAUUUCCAGGAGCUGGCUGCAAAGCUGUCCUGGGAAAAAGCAUUAAGGACCUGGGAACUAAACAAUAACCUAAAAAAGAAAAAGAAGAGAAAGAAAACCAAUGGCUGCAGCAAAGAGAAGAAGCAGGCAACAGCAUCAGGUUCUGAGGUGCCAUCAGGAGACAGUGCAGCAAAAGAUGUAGAGGAGUCUCCUGCGGCAUCCUCAGGACAGGAAGAGUGUAAAACUACUGACAAUCACACAGAGGACACAAGUGACGACAGCACAGAGAGUAAUGACACCUCCACCGAUGUCAGUAAUGUCCUCAAAUUCCGCGUGACCUGCAACCGGGCUGGAGACAAACACAGCUUCACAUCCAAUGAUGCUGCCAGGGACUUUGGUGGAGCGGUGCAGGAACACUUUCAGUGGAAGGCAGAUAUGACAAACUUUGAUGUGGAGGUUCUUCUGAAUAUCAGCUAUAAUGAAAUGUUGGUGGGAAUUGCUCUGACCGAGGAAAGUCUGCACCGUAGAAACAUUACCCACUUUGGACCAACUACACUUCGCUCCACUCUGGCUUACGGGAUGCUCAGGCUCUGUGACCUGGAACCAUCAGAUGUCGUAAUUGAUCCGAUGUGCGGAACAGGGGCAAUCCCUAUAGAGGGUGUCAAUGAGUGGCCUGGUUGCUUCUUCAUUGCUGGUGAUAAUAACAUGAACGCAGUGAACAGAACCGCCAGCAACAUCGGCUCCUUACUGAGGAAGCAGCAGAACGAGAACAGUGUCCCACAAGGGCUUCCGAUUGACUCCACUCACUGGGACAUUUCUCAUCUGCCUCUGAGGAGUGGGAGUGUGGACGUUAUAAUCACAGACAUGCCAUUUGGGAAGAGAAUCGGAUCAAAAAAGAAGAACUGGGACUUGUACCCGGCCUGUCUCAGAGAGAUGAGUCGCGUGUGCCGGGCCGGAACAGGACGGGCCGUUCUCCUCACUCAUGACAGGAAAUGCUUCAUCAAGGCCUUGGCCAAAGCUGGACAUCUGUGGAGGAAGAUGCAUACGGUGUGGGUAAAUAUAGGCGGCCUGCAUGCCGGUGUUUACCUGCUGAAAAGAACUACCCUCGACUUUUCUGACUGCUCCAGUGAGAGACUAGAAGAGAAUCAGCCCUUAAGCCCCAGUUCACCCGCCAAAGAAGAGUAAGAAAUGUUUCCUCACAAGUAGCACCCCGAGCUGAACCCCAAAAUACCCAACAACCCAGAUGAAGUUGUGCAGUUUUCCCACUAAACUCCCCUGUAGCUCUAAAUCCUUAAGUGAUCUUCUGCCAAGUUGUCAUGUAUCCUAGAUUUAUGGGAAAGCUGGGUGCCAGUAUGGCCACUAUUACAGCUUGUGCUGUUCCCAGCUUCCUGAACUGCUUUUUCACACUCCCAAAAACAUCUACGAAAUAGGAUACCCCACUUUCAUAUGACUGCAUAACUUGGCACACCCGUUAUGUAGAAAAACCUAGUAAUGGUGGCCAUAUUGUCUUUCACAAUUGAUAAAAUUUUGAAAAUUUAGGAGACUCCAGGACCUACAUUUGAGUUUUUUAAGGGGAUGCUCUGUGUUGUUUCCAACUGUUUUAUUUUGCCUUUAGAAAACUUGCAAACAUUAGACAAGUUUUUGAUGUUGGAUAAAAAAAAAAAUUGCAGCACCAGAGUAAAGGACUUCCAUGGUGUCAGAAAUAUAAAUACAACAAUGGCCAG